AUGAAGAGACAUUUUAUGAAGCGGGCUCCGAAAGAGAUGACCGAUGAGGAAAUCAAGGACUCCUUGAUGGAAAUCGGUGUAUCUACCCAUAAAGGCACUCGGAAAACCAAGUUUUCUGGGUUCUCCGCUUAUGCUCGUGAGGUGGCCAGCCGGAACCCUCGUAAAGACUAUAAUACUACGGCCGGCAUCACAACUGUUGAUGAGGUGAGGAAAAACAAUGAAAAUGUUGUAAACGAGCGCCUGGGUGGCAAUCCCUACGCUCACGCCAGUGCCAAUGCAACUGGCGGUAACCCGUAUGCCCAACCCGCGGCAUCUGGGACCCCCAGUGGCAACCCUUAUGCUAGCAUGAAUACUAGCAAUCCUUACGCUUCUACCGGAAGUGCUUCCAGCGGUAAUCCUUAUUCCUCAAACAACUCUGCUCCCUACGAACAGGGCCGUCAAAGCUCUGACCCCUAUGCUCAACGAACGGCUCCGCCGGCUGCUCCUCACAACUCCGACCCCUACGCUCAACGAACGGCUCCACCGGCUGCUCCUCCCAGCUCCUCUGGAGGCAAUCCUUAUGCUCAAGGCGAUCUCUAUGGACAGUCGCACAAUUCAUCACAGGGACAUGAGGGUUACGGGGACGCUGCACCCCGUUCUAGGGCUCCGAAUCCAUACACUGGGAGCACAGCAUACGGAGGAGCAGAUUAUGCAAGUGGGCAGUUCGAGACGGGUAUUACUGAAAAAUCCCGCGAUGAGCUUUUCGGCGCUGCAAGAACACGUUCCGUGAUGGGCCGCUCCGGAAUGGGUGUUCGUAGUACUGCGCCGACCCAAGAUGUACCUUUGGGUGGACACAGCGUAGCCCGACGGGCCUCUUUGACUACCCUUGACGAGCUUAAUGCCGCUCCGGAUCCCGGUGAGCCUGACGAGGACGAAGAUGAGCUUUUGCAGAUGCCUUCGACACUAAACAAUCAACAACCACAAACUGCCGAAGCCUACGCCCAAACAUAUGAGGGAGAGAUGAACUCUGAGGACGAGGAUGUUGAAGAGAUCAAACGUGAAAUCAGAUUUACUAAAAAAGAAAGCGUGCAGUCAACGCGCAAUACAUUGGCAAUGGCGGCGGAGGCUGAAGCAGCUGGCCGUAAUACAUUGGGUAUGCUCGGAUCGCAAGGUGAACGCAUUGCCAACACUGAGCGCACGCUUGCUUUAGCCGAGAGCCAGACAAGAAUUGCUGAUGAGCAGUCCCGUGAGCUUCUACGUCUUCAGCGAUCUAUUUUCGUUCCUAAUGUUUCAAAUCCGUUCAAUUCCAAACGCCGUAUGCAAGAGAAAGAAGCAAAGAUCAAAAGCGAGCAUCUCCAAGAGCAGAUUAUGCGCGAACGUCGUCGUCAGGUUGCGUUUGAAUCUGAACAGCGGGUCAUAAAUGGACUCAAUCAACCAAUGGUUUCCGAGACGGCUCAAAAAUACAAAACUCAAUUGGCCAAAGAGUCGGAAGAACGCCGCCGCAUGCAGUUUGAGGCGGACUCGGAAGACGAGGAAAUCGAGGGCGAGAUCGAUGCCAAUCUUGAGGGCAUCUCUCAGGCCUCAAGCCGUCUCAAAAAUCUCAGUCUCUCCAUGAACGACGAAAUUGAGACCCAGAACCGUCGUUUGGAUAGAAUCACUGACCAAACUGACAACCUCGAUGUCGACAUCCAUCUUAGCGCAGCCCGUUUGACUUCGAUCCGUUAA